GAGAUAUUGGAGGUGACAGAUGAGGUCCAGUGGUUUAGGACGAUGGUGGAGGAGACGAUGACACUUAUUGGUGCGUCAACGGUGUGGCACUACAUACCAACACUGGUGCAGUGGCUGGACAUCGGCGGGUUCGGGAGACGGUUGUGGCAGCUCCGAGAGAGUAGAACAAAGUUCGUGCAGGGACUUAUCGAGGAUGAGAGAAAGAAGAAGGAGGAUGGCACGACAACAGGGAGGACGAUGAUUGGGGCACUGUUGGCCCUGCAACACAAGGACACAGAGGAUUGCCCUGACCAGCUUAUCCGAGCUUUGUGCAUCAGCGCCCUCGAAGCUGGAUCAUCUACUUCUGCAGAUACAGUUGAGUGGGCGAUGUCCCUCAUGCUGAAUAAUCCUAAGGUGAUGGUCAAAGUUCGUGAUGAGAUUGAUUCCUACAUAGGGAAACCAAUACGCCUAAUUGAGGCGUCCGAUCUCCUAAAGUUGCAAUACCUUCGUUGCAUAAUCAUGGAGACGCUUCGUCUGCAUCCACCAACACCACUUCUUGUUCCUCAUGAAUCUUCUAUUGACUGCACCGUCAGUGGAUUUUAUAUUCCCAAGGGGACAAUGCUUCUUGUGAACACAUCUGCAAUACAUAGGGACCCUAAGAUAUGGGAUAAACCAACAAACUUUAUUCCAGAAAGGUUUGAGGGUGAAAAGUGUGAAGGUAAUAUGGCUAUGCCAUUUGGUAUGGGCAGGCGACGAUGCCCAGCAGAGAAUUUGGGUAUGCAGAUGGUAGGCCUUGCUCUGGGAACUAUGAUCCAAUGUUUCGAAUGGGAAAGAGUGGGGGAGGAGCUUGGGGACAUGACCAACGGCUUUGGCCUAACUGCUCCGAGGGCAGUGCCCUUGGAGGCCUUCUAUAAACCCCGUCAAUCUAUGGUGGCUCUUCUUUCGGAGAUAUAGUAUUAUUGUCGAACACAUGGUUGUUCUUUUGUUGCUUUGUGUUGUAUGGUCAUCGUCAGCAAAAUAUUGUGUGGACAUGUGACAAUAUUAUCCAUGUAUUCACCACCUGUGAGUGGAGCAUCGACCAUGCACUCCGUUGAUGCUUGAAUGCCACCAUAUAACUUAAA